AUGGCAGGGUCUAGGCAAUCUGGAGGCUCACAGACGAGUCAAGGACAGAGACAAUCAUAUCAGUCGGCUCAAUCAGGACAGGCAUCUAGGACUGUUCAGGGAGCCUCAUCUGCUCAGGCUGCACAACAAACUUAUGGUCAGAGGGGUGAUGUAGGAGAGCCGAGGUCGCAGGGAAGGGUGUAUGCAAAUACUGCUUUUGAGCAAGCUACGGGGUCAUUGGUUGUGCGAGGUACAUUUCUCAUCUUCAAUACAUGGGCUAAGGUGUUGAUAGAUACUGGGGCUUCACAUUCUUUUAUUGCUACGUCAUUUACAUCACUGUUGGGAUUAAAGAGUAGACAACUACAGGCUUCAUUCAUAGUAGAAUCACCAGUAGGGGGAAAGGUCAAUCUGACCCGGGAAUGUCAGGGGUGUGUAAUCGAGGUAGGAGGUCGACGACUUCCUUUUAAUUUCGUAGUGUUGGAAAUGUCGAGUUUUGAUAUCAUUCUGGGAAUGGAUUGGUGGUUUGCAUAUCGGGCGACAAUAGAUUGUUAUCGAGAGUGGGUUACGGUGUGUACUGCAAAUGGUGAUUGUUUCACUUUUCUGGAGGAUAGAUGUGACAAAUCUUUACCCUCCUCAUGCUAUCCACGUAGCCGGGGUCAAUUUAAUUUCCUUCUGGCAACCCUUUGGGAGGACGGAAACAAUGUAGUUCGGAAUGAAUUCCCAAGGGUAGUGUGUGAAUACCCCGACAUUUUUGCUGAAGAUCUCACAGAGUUACCACCUCAUAGGGAAGUAGAGUUCACUAUAGAUUUGCUUCCGGGAACGACACCAAUCUCAUUGUCACCAUAUAAGUUUGCCCCAGCUGAACUAGUGGUUUUGAAGGAGUAG